AUGGUUUCUGGGUCGACGAGGGUGAUACAAGUCACCAAUAUCGCGCCCCAGGCUACGAAAGAUCAAAUGCAAACUCUUUUUGGUUACUUGGGUAAGAUUGACGAUAUCAGGUUAUAUCCGACCAUCAGAGAUGUCUCGUGUCCAGUUCAAUCCCGAAUAUGUUACGUUAAGUACUACGAGUCUGCAACUGUGAACGUUGCCCAACAUAUGACUAACACAGUGUUCAUUGACCGCGCUUUAAUCGUGAUUCCAAUGCAGUCCGGUGAAAUUCCCGACGAACAUAAAGCUCUAGAGAUGUCUAGCAACGGAACAUUGGUUCCUGGAUUAAGUACAGUAGAGCCCCGUUUACCGUCUCAUGUGGUAAACUCAUUGGAAGGCGUUCCACCUAAUCAAGUUAUACAAACUUUUGAUCCCAAAAUGUCCGAAGCAGGUUUACCUGGAUAUCCACCACUUCCUGCAGCUUAUGACAACAGGAAAAUAGAAGAAAUAAGAAGAACAGUACUUGUUGUAGAUGUUGGUUCAUUGACCCAACAGCAAUUGAUUGAUCAUUUUGGACAGGCUGGAGAAGUAAAUUAUCUUCGCUUCUGUGAAAGGGAUGUUGACAAAUUAAAAUAUGCUCUUAUUGAAAUGUCAGAGCAAGAAAGUGUCAUUAAGGCUUUACAAUUGAAUGGAACCACAAUUGACGGGCAAACAAUAAAGGUACACCAUGCUACACAAGCUAUAUCCAAGCCACAAACAAAGAGUAAUGAGGCCGCCCAAAGAGAAAUUGAAGAAGCCAUGUGUAGAGUUAAAGAAGCUCAGAACUAUAUUUCUGCAGCAAUUGACCCUGUAAUUGGACUAUUGUCGAAAGAUAAGAGAAGGACCCGUUCCCGGUCGCGAUCCCGACGUCGUUCGCGCUCCCGGUCGCGGCGCCGCUCGCGCUCCCGGCACCGGGGCAAGCGCUCGAGGUCCAAAUCCCGCCACAGGUCGCGCCGCUCCAAGUCCCGUCACAGGCAUCGGACGAGAUCGCGUUCUCGUCAUCGCAGCUCGAGACGGUCCCGUUCUAAAUCUCGACACCGUAGCUCGCGCUCGAAACGGGACCGUUCGCGCGACCGUGAUCGCAAAGACAAGAAGAGCUCAAGCGAGAGGGACAAAGACAAAGAAAAAAAGGAGAAAUCCAUGUCGCCCGCGAAAGACGUCGACAAGGAAGUUGUAAAGGAGAAGGACGAAUCUAAAUCGGAUUCCGCGCCCGAUACAAACGGCACCAGUUCAGAAACGAUAUCUAAAGCGUCCUCGCCAACUGACGAUAAGGAAAAAGAGAACGAUAAGGAGAAAGAAAAAGAGAAGGAAAAGGAGAAAGAUAAGGAGAACGAUAAGGACAAAGACAGGGAGAAGGAAAAGGAUAAAGACAGGGAGAAGGAGAAGGAAAAGGAUAAAGAUAGAGAGAAGGAAAAGGAUAAAGAUAGAGAGAAGGAAAGGGAUAAAGACAAAGAUAAAGAUAAGAACAGAGAUAAAGAAAAAGAUAGAGAUCGGGAUAAAAGGGAUAGAGACGAUAAGAAGGAUAGAGAUAAAGACAAAUCUCCAACCAAAAGACGAGAUCGUUCCAGAUCACGAGAUAGGAAACGCGACCGUUCACGAUCCAAACGUAGGUCUCGAUCGCGGUCUAGAAGGAAGCGUUCAAAGUCGAGAAGAAGGUCGCGCUCAAAGGAGAGAAAACGCUCCCGCUCGAAGGAUAGAAAACGCUCGCGAUCGAAAGAGAGAAAACGCUCGCGCUCAAGGGACAGGAAGAAGUCCAGAUCGCGUGAUCGCAAACGAUCUAGGUCCAGAGACCGGAAGAAAUCAAGGUCUAGAGAUAGGAAACGUUCCAGGUCGAGGGACCGAAAGCGCUCCCGCUCCAGAGACAGAAAACGUUCCCGCUCUCGAAGCCGCCGCUCCAAGAGUCGAUCCCACAGAGAUUCUAAAACGCCUCACGAGAGAAAGUCCAGAGACCAAACACCUUUGCCCACGUUAACUGAACAGAAGGAAACUUCGGCGAUGGAGACUAAACUUAACGAAAUUACAGACGAUAAGAAUUCGCCUGACAAUAUGGAUAUAUCUAAUUCACCA